AUGGACGCGGGUAAAUCUGGAGAAGUGGAAUCAAUCGUCGGAGGAAGCUGCUACGGAGAAACGUUCGCCGAGAGUAAGCCAGAAUACUGGGGCGAAGUUGUCGGCGACGACGAGCUGGCAGCAGACCUAGACUUCACAGAUGACGGCGUGAACACCACUGGGUACGAUGGCGAGAAGAUCAACGACGAAGAGAAAUUAAUGAAAGGGCGAAGGGGAUCAGGCGAAGACCCGGACGCUCCCCACGACAGCGCUGGAAUAUACAUCAAAGAAGAAGUGCUGGAUUCUUGA